CUGGAAAGCCACCGAGAACCGACGAGAACGUCCGAAAACCUCUCCCCUCGAACCUCGAUCCCUGGGCUCCUCGAUUUUGUUACGAGGCGAGCACGUCUGGAUUUUUGUUCCCCGCAGGCUGCCAGUUCGCAGGCCGCGCAGGCCGCCGCUGGUCGCCGUGCGGAGGCUGCCGUGCAGGCCGCCACCGCGGAGGUCACCGCGGAGGCCGCCGUGCAGACUGCCGCAGCUUCUGCUGCGCAGGCCGUUGCCGAAGCGACGUCUGCACAGGGCAUGGCCGCCUCGCGUGAGGAGGUCGGCAAGCAGUCGCCGCUGCGCAGGUCGCCCUCCACGACGUGCCGGAGCCCGCCGAGUGCGCCCAGCUCCGAGGACGACGACUUCGCGAGCAGCCGGCGCUACUGGGCCUCCGCGGAGCACGCGGGGGGCCGGCGCGUCCUCUGGGGCCCCGCGGGGGUCUCCGCGGGGGGCCGAGCCUCAGGGGAGGAGAAGGCAUCCUGCCUGGGCUCCCCGGAGCGGCCCGCCGGGGGCCAGCGGCACUCCUGCUGGGACGCCGCGCAGUGGUCUUCUCCGGGGGGCCGCGCGUCAGGCGCCCGAGCGGCCCCGUCGUGCGGGCCCGCCGCCGCGGAGCGCGCCGCCGCGCACCGCGCCCGGGCGGGGCCGCGGGCCGGUAGCGUUCGGCCGCGCGCGGGCACGCCUGGCAGCGUCAGGCUGAGGCAAACGCGCCGGGCCAGCCCCGGUGAGCGGGAGUGCCAGACGCGCCCCACGGUCGUGGAGCUGACCGUCCCGCUCCGCUCCC